GCCAUGCGGGUGGCCGGUUACCUCAACCUAGCCGCCGACUUCGCGCACAACUUCACGGACGGGCUGGCCCUGGGCGCCUCUUUCGUGGCCGGCAGCGCCGUCGGCGCCGUCACCACCCUGACCGUCCUGCUCCACGAGGUGCCCCACGAAGUGGGCGACUUCGCCAUCCUCGUCCAGUCCGGCUGCACGAAGCGGAAGGCCAUGAAGCUGCAACUGGUGACGGCGCUGGGGGCGCUGGCGGGCACCGUCUGCUCCCUGCUGGCCGAGGGCGUGGGCGAGGCGGCCACCGCCUGGAUCCUGCCCUUCACGGCCGGCGGCUUCAUCUACGUGGCUACCGUCUCCGUCAUCCCGGAGCUCCUGCAGGAAGCCGGGCCGGUCCAAUCCUUGCUGCAAGUGCUCAGCCUGCUGGGCGGCGUAGUCAUGAUGGUCUUCAUCGCCCAAUACGAGUAGAGGAGGCAGCGGUGGCGGGCAGGCAAAGGCCGCUGUAAGGAAAGCCCCGCCCCCUCUGCCCAGGUGGGUGACAAACCCCCCUCCCCGCACGCUUCUCCAGCGGAUUCCACCAAAGGCCCGUCUGUUCCGGUCCUCCAGGGCAGCGACGGGAGCAGGAAAAUGGGUCUGGCCGUCCAGAGGGACCAACUUGUCUCUCCCACGGGGCACCUUGUACUGUACACGCGUGUGUGUGUGUGUGUGUGUGUGUGUGAGAGAGAGAGAGAGAG